UGUGGGUAUUAAAUUGACUGUUGYUGGCAAUAUCCAUCCAUUAAAUCCCUCCCAACCUCCUCUCUCCUCUCCUCCCAACCGUCCCGUCAUCAAAGGCAGUCAAUGCUGUCAUUUCCAUGAAAUGAUUAUCUUCUAUCCUUAUUGAUUUGGAUCUACAUAACUUUCAGCAAAUACAUAUUCGUGUUUUCCAUUCUCCUACAAACGCUUUCACAUCGGUGUAGGGAACUAUGGCUUCAGACGACCAUUAUCCCCCUCUAACCCUACCUAACCACCGGCCUUCCCCUACCCUUACUAUUCUCUAGAAUUAUAGAGUGAUGUGUGCGGUAUUCCUGUGGCAUAGGAAUAGAUUCGGAAACACCACAGUGGAAGUGUAUGAUGAUUACAUAAUAGUAGCAAUAAUACUUAACAAAGCUAUAACUCUAUAUUAUACUCACACAAAUUCUGAACUUCAAARCUGCGUAUAUAACAGUUUAUCAUUAGGCGUCAUAGGAGUUCUUUUGAAAAUAGUGUAGCGUUAGUCAUGAAUAGCAAGUGCAAAUGUAAGCAAUAUGUCCUUCAUUGUAACGGCGUUGAAAGCUGUCCUCCUAUAAAGCACAUAAUCUUAUAGUCCUCAUAAUACAGCAAGUGUGUGUAUCUAUAGAGAGUGUUUACCAUCUUGCUUGAAUGCUGCGCAUACUCGAAUUGUAAAGAAACGCAUGGCAUUAAGAUUAUUUACUGGUGGCUCAUAUGAAUUCAGAACUCGUAACAAGUCAUGCAUAGCAAAUAAACUUUCAAAUCUUAUAAAAAUUUCCAACGAUACACAUUUUGAGUGAAAUAUUUAUGUUACCAAUAAGAGUCAGUUAGUUUUUGAUCCAUAAAAUUUCUUUUUCGAUCAAAAGACAAGUUUUAUAAGGUGUUAACUGAAUUUCACUUAAAGUAAUUAUGUUAAUAUAUGCAAAGUGUUCGUGUUAUUAAUUCAAAAGUGAUUCAAACAACAUGGAGGUCCGAUUUUAGUAAGUGAGUCAUGUCAUACGCUGCCUCAUACAAUCAAAUGUUGUAUAACGAACAGCAAAGUGGCUUUGCAAUUUUCAGGAGCGCAAGAAACUAAUGUGAAAGUCGUAAGAUACGAUAUUCAUUUUUUUACAAGGAUAAAAUUUAUAACGAAGAAAUGUACUCACAGAGAGAGCCGCUGAUGUAAAUUACGGGCACAAGGAAUGGAUGAAGAGAAAAAUCCUACAAGUAAAUGUUGUAUGACAAAGACCAAGUGCUUUAUAAUAUGCAUAUUGGUAACAAUCAUUAUCAUCCUUUACGAGUAUAGUUUGCCCAAGCGAUCAUCAUCGCUAACUAGACAAUACAUGGAUUCAUCGAUCGAUCAAGAUCGCUUGAAAGUGUUGGACAAAAUAGUGAACGAUUUGGAAGAAAAACAGAAAGAUAUGUCACCAAAAUCCCGAUCGUUAUGGACCAAAAUGUUCGGCUCAAAAUCGUCGAGCAGUCGAGACAAGCUCGUGCUCUUAUACACGGGAUUCUUCGGCGAUCUCCCGUGGGGGUGGAUAAAAGAUACUAAAACUUUAAACCAAUGGGAUGGAAUAACCUGUCCUCAUUUUCACUGUCGACUAACAUACAACAAGAGUGACAUCAAGAUAGCCGACGCCGUUAUCUUCCACGCAGAAGACAUGUUGACAUCAGAUGAUUUAAAUGAAUUACAACUGUCACGCAAUCCUCGCCAGAGAUGGAUUUUCUUCCCAACUGAAAGUCCCGCUAACGUGGGCACAGAACACGUGAUCAACGGAGUGUUUAAUUGGACAAUGUCGUAUCGUCAUGACGCGGACAUCUUCCGUCCCUAUGGUUACUAUUAUCCAAUCACAGGGCACCAAGAAGGUGAUUUCCUGGAGUUCAUGGAAGGGAAAGAUUUGUUUGUUGUAUGGCUAUCAAGCCACUUAGGUUUGAUGAGGGACAAGUACGUCAGACGACUGCGUAUAUGGAUCAAGAUAGAUGUAUUCGGUAAAACAGGGAUUGCAGUUGGUGGAAGGUCUGGUUUGUGCACAAAAGAUUCCCCUGAUUGCAAGAAGCACUUAAAACGGUAUAAAUUCCUUCUCGCUUUUGAGAAUUCCUUUUGCACUGAUUACAUCACAGAGAAGUAUUGGUUCGCUUUAGAAAUGGGUGUGGUCCCAGUUGUAAUGGGAGGCGCAGACUAUGAGAAAAUGGGUAUCCCUGGCUCCUAUAUUCAUGUAAAAGACUUCCCAACUAUAAAGGCUUUGGCCGAUUACUUAAAAAGACUUGAUCUCAAUGAUAAAGAAUACAGUAAAUAUUUUGAAUGGAAGAAUAAAUACCGAGUCUUGAAUGACUCUCCUUGGACAUGUCAGUUGUGCACAGCACUGAACAUUGACAAAAGAAUCAAAGUCUAUGACAGGCUGGAAGAUCUUUGGUGGCCUGAGAGAGAAUGUGGAAUUAAAGAAGAUAUUGUUAAGAAAAUUAUUGGCAGACAGCAAUGGAAUGGAACCAGAAAAACUAGAUAUGAUUGACAAGUGGAUCUUAUGCACGCAGGACUGUGCAACUAGAUUCCUUAUUAAUUUUCAGUUUGCAUAUCCUCGGAAUCUCAGGGGCAAUCUUUUGUUGCUUGUCCCUCUGCUUCCAGACAUAGUAUAUUACAUUUUAGUAUUUCCAAACUAGUGGACUAUUGCAAAUCCUUCAUUUGAUUGGCUACGCUAC